CUGUCUUCCUCACUCAGUUUCUCUCUCUCUCUCUCCCUCUCUAUCCCAAAAAACCUUUCUCUUUGGUUUGGAAGCAGAGCAGAGAGGAAGAAAAACAAAAUCUGAAAUUUCCUACCUCUCUCUAUUUCUUCCUUAUUUAUUCCUGAGACUUCUAAGCUAAUUUAUCCAACAUUUUUCUUCUUCGGAGUCUCCUGUAUAAGGACAUUCUGGGUCAGAAAUUCAUACUAAUAGUAUGAGCACUAGGGGUGCUAGGGGGACUACAGUUAGAGCGUAUCGGCGAAGGAAGGCAAAUUUGGACUUUGACCUCAAUCGCGAACCACCAGGUGAUAAUCGGGAUCAGGAGGGAACUUCAACUCAGGUGGGGCCUGAGAAUGUUCAAGGGAGUCAACAAGGGCACUCUAUAGCACCUGUUACAAUUGAUGUUGAUUCCAUUGAGGCCAUUGACGAUGAUGUCAUUGAGUCCUCUCCAACGGCUUUUGCUGAAGCUAAAAACAAUUCCAGAAGGACUCGAGGAAGGAUUGUAGUUGAUGUAGAUUCGGAAGAACGAACUAGGGCUACUCGCAAGCGCAGAAGAAACAAUACCUUUAUUAAUUGCGAAGUUUACAUAAAUUUGGAAAGCAAUAGCAACUCCAUGAGAGAGAGUGCCACAGCACAACCUCCACCACCAAAGCAGCCCUCCUUUAGCUGUCCAAUUUGUAUGGGUCCAUUGGUCGAGGAAAUGUCAACUAAGUGUGGUCAUAUUUUCUGUAAGGCAUGCGUUAAGGCUGCAAUUACUGCACAGGGUAAAUGUCCAGUCUGUAGGAAAAAAGUCCUCAUGAAAGAACUCAUUAGAGUAUUCCUUCCUUCAACCUGUUGAGCAAUGCACUUGCCCAGAAUGACUGAUUGUGCUUUAUACAAAAUGCCUUUUUAGGGGAAGAUGCAAGAAUUGAUUAGCUAAUGGAGGAUGGAGGAUAUGUAUACUCAUGCAACUGAAAUAUUGUGCAGUUUGAACAAAUAUGCCUAAUAACAAUAGUGGUUUUUUUGGGUUAUGGAACAAUUUUAUCAAUUUUAUCUGGUUGGUUGUGAGAUGAAAUACUUUCUGUUCAUUUCAUGUUAAGAUGCCUGUACAUCUAAUAGGUGAUAGUAUGUUUUAGCCCUGGUAUUAAUGGGAAAUAGUCUUUUGGAUGGAAA